CUAAACGACACACAAAGAGUGAUAGAUACAGAAAGAGAGAGAGAAUACCCACAUUGCUCUCUCUAUUUGAACAAAUUGUGUACAAGAGAGUCAACAUUUCAUUUGAAAGGCAUUGCCUUUUAUUGAUUUGAACAUAAUAAGAUUUAUUGGUUAGUAUUUUAUUUGAUUUCCAUUUUUCCCCCUUUUUCCUUAUUUAGAUUUUUCUCUUUUCUGGGUGUUCAUCACAUUUUGCAAUUUUAUGCAUCCCCUUAAGUUUCCUACGAUUUUCACAGUUUUUUCUCUGUUUAUCCGUCGGAAGGUGCAUAAUCAUGUUGUACAUUGAGCUGCAACACUUGUACUAUCCUCUUGUUUUGACCAUCUUUUGCGAGUAUUAAAUUGAGGAAGAUUCACAAUCAUGGUAUUUUGGAUUUUUGGGUAUGGUUCAUUGGUAUGGAACCCUGGAUUUGAUUAUGAUGAGAAAUUUAUUGGUUACAUAAAGGAUUACAGGCGUGUGUUUGAUCUUGCUUGCAUUGAUCAUAGAGGUACACCUGAACACCCUGCAAGAACUUGCACUUUGGAUGAAAGCAAAGGAUCCAUUUGCUGGGGUGCUGCUUAUUGUGUGCGAGGAGGACCUGAAAAAGAAAAGAAGGCAAUGGAGUAUUUAGAAAGAAGGGAGUGCGAGUAUGAUAGCAAGACUUUGGUGGACUUCUUCACUGAAGAAAACUCCUUACAUCCAGCCUUAACUGGAGUGAUAGUGUUUACAUCCACUCCUGACAAAGUAAAUAAUAAAUACUAUCUUGGUCCUGCUCCACUGGAAGAGAUGGCUAGGCAAAUUGCAACUGCCUCUGGACCAUGUGGAAAUAACAGGGAGUAUAUAUUCAAAAUGGAGAAGGCUUUGUAUGAUAUUGGCCAUGAAGAUGAUUACAUCAUUGAGCUGGCUAAUGAAGUGCGAAAAGUUCUUGGAAUUGUGGGAUCUUUCCCAAAGGAGAAGAAGUUACUUGGUCCUUCCCAAAUUCCACUCAGAUCUCACAUUUCACCUGUGAAAAUCCGGCCCUUGCCAGAAGCUAUAGCUGCUGCUGCUGCAGACUCCUGACGAAGGAAAUGAUCCAUUGUUCUUUAGGACGAUGAAGUUUUCCUUUUCUGACCUGACUAAUCUAGUUAACUGCUAGAGUUAUGUCUUCCACAAAAUGUUACAUAUCCAGUGAUCUGUUUUUUAAAGUGUCCCCUGUGUUUUCUCUUUUCCUUUAAAUUUAGAUUAGGAAGCUAGAAAGUGGGGUAGGAUAACGAGUUGAGUUGACAUUCUAACCAGCCAGACGAAUUUGUGGCUAGCGUGAACAUGGAUCUUGAGUUAUUUUGAGCCCGAUAUUAUGAAAUUUGAUUAGUAGCUUACAUGUUGUGAGUACAUGAUCAAUUCAAGAACUAAGAUGGGCCAUUUCUUUCCCUUA